CGCCUGCGUAAUAGAAAGGAGCUUAACGUUGUAAAAUAGUUUCUCCGCCCGAAUAAGUUUUCUUUUGCUGUAUCACAGUAGCUUCACUUUCCCCAAUAUCAUCGCUGUGUGUGACUUACUUUCAUGGAAUAUCACGUAAAUUCGGAAGAGCACUGGAUACUGUGAACUAGGGUUGUACGAACUCGACAAUGGCUACGGGGAUGACAAUCUCUCGUGAUCAGAACGAGGAUGGUGACGUGUUCAUAAACGACGAAGAGGGCGUGCUCACGGCGAUAGGGAAAAAACUAUUCGAGGCCAUCAAUGAGGGCGACCUCAUAAAGGUCGACGUUUUAUUGCGAGGAAUAUCAGCUAACUCGUCUAACUUGGACAUUAGGGACAAAGAUGGCACGAACACCUACUCUCACGCAAUCAGCAAAGGAUUUUCACCUAUUGUUGAGACAUUGCUCCAGUACAACGUCCCUCUCGGUGACGCCCUCCUCAGGGCAUGCGCCGCAUCUUACGAAGACGCCAUGAAGAUCAUCAUCAAACACACCAAGAAACUAUCCAAUGAGGAGAGACAAGCUGUUAUUGAAUGCCGCUGUGAUAAUGAUGACUUUCAUGAAAAAAUGACCCCGCUCAAGAUGGCUGCCAUUCGAAACAAUUUCAUCAUUGUUCAGUAUUUACUCAAAGCAGGAGCGGAGAGGAUUCGAGAACCAAAGCUUGAAGGGCUAUCCGAGGCCUCGCUGUCUGAGGUUGUCGAGUACCUAGAUAUUUACAGGGCACUGUCGAGUCCGGCGUACCUCGGCUUGGCGCACCCCAACGCCCUGAGCAACGCCUUCAAACUCACCGGCCGACUGCGGAAGAUUGCAGGGUUGUGGGAGGCGGUCAACAAGGAGUUCUACGACCUCGCCGACCAGGUGGAACAGUUCUGUGCAUCCCUGCUCGAUUACGUCGCCAACUCUGUCGAGCUUGGAACACUUUUCAGGCAGAGUGAUGACCCGGAAGUAGUCCAUGUCGUCGCGCAAGUGAAGAAUGCCGUCGAUUUUGAACAGAAAGCAUUCGUAGCACACGCAUACACGCAGAAGAUUAUGUCGAUCAACUUUUAUCGGAACAUCGACACUCAUACGCCUUGGUUCGGAUUUCUGAGUCUCCUCACCAUGUUUGGAUAUCCUUUCAUCUGUCUGGCUUACAUCCUCGUACAGCACCCACGCUUAAAAAGAUGGCUAUCUAUACCAUACAUCAAGUUGUGCAUUUUCUUUGGAUCCGAUCUUGCCAUCUUUGUCUGUUAUGCAGCUCUGUGUGUCGUCAAUGAUCCCAGAAUAACUGAUAUCAUAUUGGUCUUUAUAGUGAUAUUUUGUGUUGCGCUUUCUUGGAAGCACAUUUGUGAUAUCAUGGAGUAUGGCAUCGGGGACUUUCUCGGUUACGGAGCAAACAUACUGGAGUCAAUCACACUCAUCAUAAGCUUUGUUCUGCUUAUGUGUAAAUCGAUUACUCUACUUCUGGACGUGUACGAAACGCGUGCGAUGAAACGUCACGAUAAACGGGUCGCGAUGGUGAACAACGUUACUGUGACGUCAGAUCUGAAGCUAUCCAAUGUCACUGUGACCGAUCGGCUUGAACAAUUUGUAUCGUUGGACUGGAACGAUCCUCAGAUCGUGUUAUAUGUCUUGUUAGGUGUUGUGGUUCUCCCCAAUGCAAUACGCGCUUUCACCACGGCUCUCAACUCAUACCAAGACUUAUACAGCAUCUGGGAAUCAACAGUGGGCGCUCUUAGUGAUAUGUUCAAGUUUGUGACUGUCUUCGCCAUCUUCCAUUUCGCAUUCGCUGUCGGCUUGUUUGGUAUUUACGUAACUCAGAAAGAAAUCUAUGCAGAAGAUUUGGCUGAUGAGGGUUAUCACAGCAUCCCGAACGCACUGCUUACUCUCUGGUGGGUAUUCAAUAGUAUGGGCGAUAAAGCGGAGCUCAACGGUCAAGUCACAUUCGUCAACGUCGUGCACAUCGUGAUCGUCGGCAUCUACUACACCGUUGCCCUGGUCCUGAUCAACACUCUGAUUGCCAUCCUCGCCUCCAAGUUUGAAUCUAUCGCGGAAAAUUCGGAUACCGAGUGGAAGUUUGGACGGACCAAAAUGUGGCUGCGAUUUAUCCGAACUGAUAUUGCUCUACCGCCUCCAUUCAACAUUGUACCGACAACCGGGUUCAUUAUCCGACUCUUAAAGAAUUGCUUUUCACUUUGUACCGCCGGAUGCACCCAAACGAGCCAGAAACAGCCUGAGAAAUCAGAAGAAAAAACUAACCACGAUGGCAAUGCAAGGAAAGUAAUGAAAGAGAUACUUAAGAGAUACAACACGACUCAAAUCGAGAAACCAGACGAUGAAGAAUCAUUCGGCAUCGAUGAUAUUCGUCAAAUCAACCAAGACUUCGUCACCGUCAAAUUCAAUGUACAGACCAAACUGCAAGUCAUCAAGAACAUGAUAGACGCCAUAUGGUUAACAAUCGGAAAUAUCGAGUGCAACUUCCCAAUCAUGGACGACAUAAAAGACAAGAUACCGGUUACCCGAACCGAGGUCAUCGAUAUGUUCCAGACUAAUUAUCCGGUCCUUGAUGACGACAUAGGGAACCUUCAGGUGGUCAUCGAAGACGUCAUGGAAGAGCUCGGCUACCGUCCCGAAGUCGCUCCGAAGCCGCGUCGGAAGGAAAUUGUUCAGGAUGUGAUCGACGGGCCACCCAUAGUCCUGCCGGACCCAACUCCUGCACCGACUCCUGAACCGACUCCUGAACCGACUCCUGAACCGACUCCUGAACCGACACCUGAACCGACUCCUGAACCGACACCUGAACCGACUCCUGAACCGACUCGUGAACCGACUCCUGAACCGACUCCUGAACCGACUCCUGAACCGGAGAAGACUCUCAUCGAGCGAGUAAUCGACUUCUUUACGGAACUAAGUGACAAUAAUGAAAUUGGUCAGGAUGUGAUCGACGGGCCACCCAUAGUCCUGCCGGACCCGACUCCUGAACCGACUACUGAACCGACUACUGAACCGACUCCUAAACCGAAGAUGACUCUCACCCAAAAGAUGGCGAAUAUGUUCGCAGAGGGCCGAACUGUGGAGACCGACGACGAAGUGACGGAAGAGGUUCAGAAGUUUAGACUAGGUUUCAUCGACCGAGUAAUCGGCUUCGUUAAGGGAUCAAGUGACGAUAAUGACUGAAGCAUGCUUAAAAGAUACCUCAAGAUAUAACUUUAGUUAUUUUGAGAUAUGUAAUUUACAUUUGCCCAUUAACCUACAAGAUUCCACACCAAAGUGUUAAAGAGAGGCAUAAAGUAAGAUGUACAGUUUCUUAGCACGACAUGGGCAUUGCCAUAAUAAGUAAUUUAUUUUUCAAAUGUAUUAUAAUUUAUGAAUGCUACCUGCCCAGGUGUGUAUGGUGAUGAAGUAUUUCUUUCACCUGAUAUUAUCCUUUGUACCAAAUUUUAUUGCAAGAACGCAAAUUCCAUAAAUAAGAUGGUGCUCUUUUGGGGUGAAGGUUGCGCAUUUUUGCCAACUGCUAUAUUUUAGUAUUUUUAAAAAAGUGAGUAACAAUUGUUCACCUGUUAAAUUUUCUUUCAACACAUAUAAUUUGUACGUUCUCAGUUAUAAUUUUCUCUGAUUGAUAAAUAAAGGUUUUGUUAUUUUAUUCAAAUGUCUUUCCAACUAAAGCUUGGUGCAUGAUACAUGUACAACUCCACCUGGUACGUUACAUUUUCAAACAAAAAAUGGCUGCGCCAAUGUCAUGCUAUUAGGAAUGAUAUCAUGCCAAGAAUAUCUUUCUUAAUAUAUCUCUUGUAGACUCUCAUAAGGAAUAUUUUACAUCAAAGGG